AUGUGGAGCCCAAGCGACGUUGCCCUCGAUAUUGGAAAGGCGGAAAGACAGGCCUCCCGCCAAUUACAUCGUGGAGAUAACUCUCGCCCACAUUCUUCAGACAUAUCCUCCUCUUCGGAUGGCAGUUCAAUAUUGAGUCGGCAGGGCACACAACGAGAGACGGACAGUCAGCCGACUGAGGUUGAACGGGAAAGGACACGCUUGUCUGACCACAGCAACACUCUUGGACGUGCUCUUGUAGGGUUCACUUCAAGGGGCGAGCUCCCCCCCUUUGGGGGCGGAAGGGAAUAUCCUCCUCCACUGCCUCAUCGGGAUCGGUAUCUGGUGGAUUUUGCUGGUCAUGAUGAUCCUGUGCAUGGCCAAAAUUGGCCCUUAAAAAAGAAGUUGAUAACUGCUACUGUUCUAGGAUAUACUACGCUGGUGUCGGCGUGGGGGAGUAGUGUAUUUUCUUCUGCUACAGCAGAGGUUGCGGUAUUUUUCGGAAUAAGUGGCGAAGUAGCCAUCUUGGGGCUCUCAUUUUAUGUGCUUGGAUUCGCAAGUGGGCCUCUGAUAUGGGCACCCUACUCCGAGCUCAAGGGCCGGCGGCCCCCCCUGUUACUCGGGAUUUUUGGAUUUUCGAUUUUUCAAAUUGCCGUCGCUGUAGCCAAGGAUGCCCAGACAGUUCUGAUAUGUCGAUUUUGGGGUGGAUUUUUUGCCUCCUCUCCAUUGGCGGUUGUCGGGGCUGUGUUCGCGGACAUCUUCAGUCAGGAGACUAGGGGAACCGCAAUCGCUGUUUUUUCUAUGGCGGUAUUCUCAGGACCGCUUUACGCUCCUAUCGCGGGUGGGUUCAUCGCAGAGAGUUACUUGGGCUGGAGAUGGACGGAAUACAUCACAGCAAUCAUGGGUUUCUUCGCACUCUUCUUGUGCUUGUUCUUUUUGGAGGAGACAUACCCGCCAGUGAUCCUAGUAGCGAAAGCCACCGAACUUCGCCGCCUGACAAAGAAUUGGGGAAUCCACGCGAGGCAGGAAGAGAUCGAAAUCAAUUUCAAGGAAUUGGUUGAAAAGAACUUUGCGCGUCCGCUCAAACUUCUCUUUACUGAGCCCAUCAUAUUCCUGCUCAGCUUGUACACUGCUUUUGUCUACGGUAUCCUUUACAUCUUUUUGACAGCCUACCCAAUCGUUUUCGGCGAGAUCCGUGGUUACGGACUUGGGGUGUCCGCACUACCGUAUCUUGGAAUGGUCGUCGGGAUGUUCUUGGGGGGACUUUUAGUAAUAUCUUUCCAGCCGUGGACAAACAAGCGGAUGAGGGCGAAUAACAAUGUACCAAUUCCCGAAGAUCGCUUGGUCCCAGCCAUAAUCGGGAGCUUUCUCUUCCCCAUCGGAAUUUUCUGGCUUUCCUGGACAGGAAACUACCCCGGUAUCCACUGGGCGGUUCCCACCCUCGCCGGUAUCCCACUGGGCAUUGGCCUGAUAACAAUCUUCCUGCAAUCCAUAAACUACCUUAUCGAUGCAUACCUGAUGUUCGCUGCUUCCGCGAUCGCCGCAAAUACGUUCCUCCGCUCCUCGUUCGCCGCCGGGUUCCCUCUUUUUGGUCGCCAAAUGUUCCACAACCUCGGAGUCAACUGGGCUGGCUCGCUGCUAGGAUUUAUAGCCGUCGUUAUGAUACCUAUUCCUAUCGGAUUCUUCCUUUUUGGAGCGAGGAUCAGGAAGAGGUCGAAGUGGGCACCGACCGAACUUUGAGUGAGUGCGGGCGGGUGUCAGUAGCAUGAGACCUAGGUUACCUACCUGGUGAGGUGGUUGAAUCGGGUGAUUGGUUCUUCCUCUCGAAUGCGGGGUCCAUCGAUCACUUCUGGAGGCGGUGUAAUGGGUUAAUUGCACAUUUUUGGAAAGGUUUAUUCAUAUGGCGUGGCUCCGAGGGAUAGAGAAUUUAGAUGUCGGUAUAUGCAAUUGUAAUUUUCAUUUAGAGUGCUGGAUUUUCCUCACCAAUAUGUCUCUUGUAAGUUAUUCUUGUUUAAAUUGCGAUCCAAAUUCAUCGCGGGUUGAGAAAUCAAGUUCGGGGGGAUAAGCAUAACUUAUCACUCGAAAAUACUU